GAAGGCAUCAUUUGCCGGUGUGACUGUCUCGCCUCCCAGAGCAGCGGCGUUACCACGUACUUCUCACAGAAGCCGCGCGGCGCUGCGAGGCGCUCACACGUGCUCGAAAACAUCAUGUAGUCGCCGGGACACGCCGCCACUAACGCCAGCAUUUCACUCGACCAGGUUCAGCCGUUGGCUGCCGAGCGCCGACCGCAGAAGGGCCGGAAAAGUUGAGCGCCACGGCGGGGGAGAAGCAGACAAGGAGUUCGGAAGAGGCAGCUGGUCGCUGGGAGCUCUUGACGGCUUUGCUCCCUCUGACCUAAGACGCCGAGAGCCGCCGCGCCGCCUCCUUCAUGCAGCGGAUGAGCACCUCGGCCACAACUCGAUAACCACACCGGAGACCUUCGCACCCUGCCGGGGGGCACCUGAGACGAGACAAUGGCGAGCCAGGGUGACUGCUCCGUGAAGGUUGCGUUGAGGAUACGUCCUCAGAUGGCCAAGGAGAAAAUUGAGGGCUGCCACGUGUGCACGCUGGUCACGCCCGGAGAGCCGCAAGUCCUCUUGGGAAAGGACAAGGCCUUCACCUACGACUUUGUUUUUGACGUGGACUCUGAGCAGCAAAACAUAUACCAAGCGUGUGUGCACAAGCUGAUCGAGGGCUGCUUUGAGGGCUACAAUGCCACCGUGUUUGCCUACGGCCAGACAGGCUCAGGAAAGACCUACACUAUGGGCACCGGCUUCGACGUGAGCCUGAGCCCCCUGGAGCAGGGCAUCAUCACGCGUGCUGUCCACCAGCUCUUCCAAGGCAUCGAGAGCAGGAGGGAGCGCGCCAACGAGGCCGGCACCCCGCCCCCUGAAUUUAAAGUCACCGCCCAGUUUCUUGAGCUUUACAACGAGGAAAUUCUGGACUUGUUUGAUGGGACUCGGGAUCUGGAGAGCCGAAGCAGGAAGUCCAACAUCAAAAUCCAUGAAGAUGCCAGCGGGAGCAUCUACACCACUGGGGUCACUUCUAGACUCGUACACACCGAGGAAGAGCUGCUGCAGUGUCUGAAACUCGGCGCACUGUCCCGCACCACCGCCAGCACGCAGAUGAACGCCCAAAGCUCGCGCUCGCACGCCAUCUUUACCAUCUACCUCUGCCAGAUGAGAGUCUGCCAACCCGUACAAACGCCCAAUGGAGAGGAGGACCCUGGGGAAUUAAAGGACGUUGCGUCAUCCGCCAUCGAACAACCCGAGUUCGAAGCUCUGAUGGCCAAGUUCCACUUUGUGGACCUGGCUGGUUCCGAGAGGCUCAAACGCACCGGAGCUACAGGAGAGCGAGCCCGCGAGGGAAUCUCCAUCAACUGUGGAUUGUUGGCCCUGGGGAAUGUCAUCAGUGCUUUAGGAGAUCAGACCAAGAAAGCGGGCCACGUUCCCUACCGAGACUCCAAGCUCACUCGGCUGCUGCAGGACUCAUUAGGAGGCAACAGCCGUACAGUGAUGAUCGCUUGCGUCAGUCCGUCUGACCGUGACUUCAUGGAGACCCUGAACACGCUGAAGUAUGCCAACCGGGCCCGGAACAUCAAGAACAAGGUGGUGGUGAACCAGGACAAGACCAGCCAGCAGAUCAGCGCCCUGCGCGCAGAGAUAGCCCGCCUCCAGUUGGAGCUGAUGGAGUACAAGGCGGGGAAACGAGUUGCGUGCGAGGAAGGCUCGGAGGGUUACAGCGACCUCUACCAGGAGAACGCCAUGUUCCAAAGAGAGAACGACACGCUGCGCCUCAGGGUGAAGGCCAUGCAGGAGACCAUCGACCACCUCAACACGCGAGUAACGCACCUGUUGGCCAACGAGGUCAGCGUGCUGCUCACCAAGUCAAGUGAGGGCAACCAGGAGAUUGGAGCUCUAAUUCAGAACUACAUCCGAGAAGUCGAAGAGCUCAGAUCUAAACUUGUGGAGAGCGAGGCCAUGAACGAAUCUCUAAGACGCCAGGCUGCUCGGCUGUCCUCUCGUACCGCCUUACCUUCCAGCGCUCUCAGCCCCGCCACCGGCCACCCGCCUGGCUCCUCGCCCGCGGCCAUGUCCAUGGAGGCCGAGAUGACGGACGUGUUGCGCCGAGCCAAGGUGGACAUCGAGAGGCUAAAGAAGAAGGAGAGGAGGCAGAGGAGGAUGAGUCCAGAGUUGGAGAAAGGUUUGAAAAAACGAGUGAAGUUGCACACCCACGAGAACGGAGACGACGGACAGAACGGAGUGGUCGAUUCGGACGACAAUUACACCGAGGACAUCAUGUCUCCGCUGCAGGAAGAGAGCGGCUGCGAUGAGGAGGAGGAGGAGGAGGAAGAAGAAGGGCGAGAGGAAGAUGAAGAGUUCGACAGCGAUGAGAGCCUGGUGGACUCAGACUCUGACACUGACGAGAAAGCUAACUUCCAGGCUGAUCUUGCUGAUCUGACGUGCGAGAUCGAGAUCAAGCAGAAGUUAAUAGAUGAGCUGGAGAACAGCCAGCGGAGGCUCCUGAUGCUGAAGCUCCAGUACGAGGAGAAGCUCAUCCUGCUGCAAAAUAAGAUCCGAGACACCCAGCUGGAGAGGGACCGGGUACUGCAGAACCUCAUGUCCAUGGAGAACUACACAGAGGAGAAGGCUAACCGCAUCAAGCAGGAGUAUGAGAAACGACUGAAGGAGAUGAACCGCGACCUUCUCAAGCUCCAAACUGCGCAGAAAGAACAUGCACGGCUCCUUAAAAACCAGAGCCGCUACGAACGGGAGCUGAAGAAACUCCAGGCCGAGGUGAACGAGAUGAAGAAAACCAAGGUGGUGCUGAUGAAGCAGAUGAAGGAGGAGCAGCAGAGGAGGAGGUUGGUGGAGGCUAAGAGGAACCGUGAGAUUGCCCAGCUCAAGAAAGAGCAGCGACGACAAGAGUUUCAGAUCCGAGCCCUGGAGUCUCAGAAGCGGCAGCAGGAGCUGGUGCUCCGCAGGAAAACCCAGGAGGUGACCGCCCUACGCAGGCUGGCCAAGCCCAUGUCGGACCGCGUGGCCGGACGCGUGGCCCGCUGGAACCAGACGCCGCCGGUUACCGACUCCGGGGCGGAGUUGUCCGCCAGCACCACGGCCAGUAGCUCCGAGCCUGAGAGCGGGAGGUCUGUGAGCGGAUUAGUGCGGCAGUGGAACAACAAGAACAACAUGUACGGGUAUCUGGGGGAAAGCGAAGGCAGCAUGGAUGGAACACGGGUCAUAGGAAGCAGGAAGAAGCUGCAGCGUAAGCCGGUGGGCCCCGGUGCCCCUGCAGCCGCUGGACGGGCCGGAAGCUUCUCCAAGGCAGCCCGGCAGAAGUGGCAAUCUCUGGAGCGUCGCAUCAUGGACAUAGUCAUGCAAAGAAUGACCAUCUCCAACGUGGAGGCCGACAUGGACCGACUCCUCAAGAAGCGAGAGGAGCUGACAGCCCAGGAGGAGGCGCUCUCACACAAGCGAGAGGUGCUAAUGGCGGAUGGGGAGGGCCCAGAAGCAGAGGACCGCCUCCUUGUGGAGAUCAACGAGGACCUGGAGGUGCUGAACGCCAACAUCGACUACAUCAACGACAGCCUGUCCGACUGCCAGGCCACCAUUGUGCAGAUCGAGGAGACCAAGGAUGAGUUGGACUCCGUGGACACCUCGGUGGUGAUCAGCUCGUGUUCGCUGGCUGAAGCACGCCACCUGCUGGACCAUUUUCUCAAGGCCUCCAUUGACAAGAGUUUACAGGUGGCCCAGAAGGAGGCUCAGAUCAGACUGCUGGAGGGUCAGCUGAGACACACCGAUGUGAUUGGUUCAUCCCAAAACCACAUAAUACUUGACGCCCUGCGGGAAAAGGCCGAGUACAUCCCUGAACUCCAGGCUCUCAUUCACAAUGUGCAGCAGGAGAACGGCUACACCAGCACAGAUGAGGAACCGUCUGAGUUUAGCCUAGCCUCAGAAAAUAGUGUCUCUCUAAUGAAGGAAUCCAACAGCCAAGAUUAUUUCAAAAUAAAGACGGAGCCUCGUCUGUCAGCUCAGAUGAAGGCGGUGUCGGCUGAGUAUCUGGGUCCCACCCUGGAGCCCCAGUCGGGCGGCAAGCAUCAGCAGAUCACCAAGUCUCUGGCAUCGCUCACUGACAUCCAGGAGGACGAUCUGAGCACGGCCACGGCCAGCCUGGGUCUGUCUCUGCGCGACCCCUACCACAGGGAACGUGCGUCACGUACCAUCAGCUUGCCUAUCCGGGGACACACCUUCCCCAGGCAGUCUCGAGGCUACGACACCUCCCCCAUCACGAGAAGGAAGUCUUACGACCGUUCAUACAGACCCUCUGAUGGCUACACUCCCCCCUCUUCUCCUCCUCUGAGGACCAGGAACGACCGCAAUGUGUUCUCAAGGCUUACGAGCAACCAAAGCCAAGGUUCUGCUCUGGACAAGUCUGACGACAGCGACUCCUCGCUCUCCGAGGUGCUCAGGGGUGUGAUCAAUCCCAUUGGAGGUGUCAAGGGGGGUCGGACAGCACCCCUGCAGUGCAUGUCUGUAGCCGAGGGCCACUCCAAGCCGGUGCUGUGUGUGGACGCCACAGAUGAGCUGCUGUUCACUGGAUCUAAAGAUCGCACAUGUAAGAUGUGGAACCUGGGUACUGGUCAGGAGAUCGUCACGCUCAAAGGGCACCCUAACAAUGUGGUUUCGGUCAAAUACUGUCCCUCCUCUGGUCUGGUCUUCUCCGUCUCCACGUCCUACAUCAAAGUGUGGGACAUACGAGAUGCGACCAAGUGUGUCCGAACGCUCACUUCGUCAGGGCAGGUUGUGUCAGGUGAUGCGUGUGCAGGCGCCACCACCCGCACAAUUACAUUUGCACACGGUGAGUGUCAGCUCAACCAGAUUGCACUCAACCCAUCUGGAUCCGUGUUGUACGCCGCUGCGGGGAACACUGUUCGCAUCUGGGACCUCAACAGGAUGCAAGCAAUGGGCAAGCUGACAGGCCACAUUGGUUCCGUCAUGUGUCUGACAGUGGGACAGUCUCUCCAGGGCAAAGACCAAGUCAUCACUGGCUCCAAAGACCACUACGUCAAGGUGUUUGACGUAGCAGAGGGAACGCUGGGUAAUGUUGGCCCAGCUCACAACUUAGAGCCGCCACAUUACGACGGCAUCGAGUGUUUGGCAGUGCAGGGGGACGUGCUGUUCAGCGGCUCGAGAGACAACGGCAUCAAGAAGUGGGAUCUGCAGCAGCAGGAGCUCACUCAGCAAAUCCCCAUCGCCCACAAGGACUGGGUGUGCGCCCUGGCGUACGUCCCUGGUAAGCCGCUGCUGCUCAGCGCAUGUCGAGGCGGCAUGCUGAAGGUGUGGAACGUGGACAAUUUCACCCCCAUAGGGGAGGUCAAAGGCCACGACAGCCCCAUUAACGCCAUAUGUACCAACUCCAGGCAGAUUUUCACUGCAUCCAGUGACUGCCGGGUGAAGUUAUGGAACUAUGUGCCUGGCUUGACCCCCGGCCUUCCUCGUCGGGUCCUCGCCAUCAAGAGCCGAGCCACCAGCCUCCCAUGAUGACCACCUUCCCUCCUCCCUCUGCGACAAGACCGUGAAGAUCUGGCUGUCAAAGGUGUGGAGGAAGAGGUGACGACGC